GCUAACCUGCGAAUGGCCAUAGUGAUCCCAUGCAGUUUCUUUUCUUGCUGGCCAAGCUAGGAAUGGCCAUAAUGAUCCCACGCAUUACCUUUUACAGCUCUUCCGUAUGAAAAUCGGUCAACUACACCUUUGUUUGCCUUUUAUUUCAUAAAAGACAUACAAAGGGAGGCAGCUGUAGUAACCAGUUUUCAUCCAGCCAAAAAUAUUAAUAAAAGAAAAAAUAAAGAUAUGAAAUCCAAAAUAAAAAUUAAAGGAAGAAAAAUGAAGUCCAAAUUUGUUUCUUUGUUUAAAAGCCCAUGGACUCAUAAACUCAAAAUUUAGGGCCCAAUUCCUAAGUUUUUACCCAAUUACAAAAAACAAAGCCCUAGAAAAUAUCUAGAGAAUGAAAAAAUAAAUAAAUAAAAUGGAAAAUUAGAAAAUGAAAAAGACCAAAAAGGGUUGUCAUCUUGGUUAAAAGGAGAGAAAAAGUUGGGGUAAAAAUGAAAAUUGAAAGAGCUAGGGUUUUAGUGGGGAGAUGGUUGCACAAUAUAAAGAGCACACCAUAGGGUUUUAGAGGUGAAAAAAAAGAGGGAGGAAAAGGCAGCCGCACAACACAAACAAAAGAGAGGAAAAAGAAAUUAGAGACAAAGAAAAAGAGAGAAAAUCGGGGAGGAAAAUCGCUGGAGAAGAAGAACCAGAUGAGGGAAAUCGGGAAACCAGAGAGGAAUCGAGAGAAAUCAAAACCAUGAAGUAUGGAGUAGCCGUUGGAGAGAAGAACAGAAGGGAAAGAGGGAGAUAUUGCUCCAGUUGUUCAUCCUCCUUUGCUGUUUUUGUUCUCGGAAGGAUCAAGCUACGGGUCGAACCUUGGCAAUGGGCCGCUGCGUUGAUGGCAUCUAUCAACUUGACUCGUCUCCCAGCUCUUGUUUUGCUGCCUCCAGAAGAACUCCCACUGCUACAACCCUCACUACAGAUGGGUGGCACCAUAGACUUGGUCAUCCAUCUCACAAACUUUUAUCCACUGUUCUUCGUCAUCUCGACCUGCCAUGUAUUAGCACUACUUCUCCUGUACUUUGUACCGCUUGCCAAAUCAAUAAAAUUCAUAGACAACCAUUUGGUCUCUCGUCUGUGUCUAGCUCUUGUCCCUUGGAAAUUAUCUACAGUGACGUAUGGGGCCCUGCUCCCAUGA